CUCGAAACUUUUAGAUUUUACAAUUACACUUGCUUUUGAUGUUUUAAGAAGUCACCAGCACGAAUCUUUUUCAGAUUUUUCAGAUCAGCAGGCGAAUGGGUUUUGUACCAAUUCCAAUUGCAAUUAUGUUGAUACGAGUUAUAAGCCAAUCAGUUAAUUUGUAUGACAGAACAACUGUUGCAGUUAUUUCAACAGUUUGGAUAACAAUGCUUUUUAUAAAAAUAGUAAAUGGUGUUUUGAUGCAUAGUAAAGCUGUUGAUCAAGUAAUUGGAUAUUCACAGCAAUUAGCUGCGCAAGGGGAAUUUGAAUCUGAAGAAUGUGAUGGGAGAAAACCACGUUAUUUAAGUAGAAGUAUGCCUGGAUCACCACAUAUGAGCCUUUACGAUUUUUCUGAUGUUUUGACACAAACAGCGAAAAAAGCUCCAAUCAUUCGAUUGCAACGAAAUAGCAGCAAACAAGAUAUUGAUGAGGAAUUGAGAAUUGAAGAACCUCCAAGAAGAUCACAAUCUGUUGGUAACUUUGUCAGACAAGAGACUGAUGAGAAUGCUGAAGGAAAUGAAAAUAAUCUUUCUGGAAUAUAUGAUAAAACUCUAAAAAGUGAUAGAGAUGAAGAAACUCAACAACAACAGCAACGUCGAAUGAUUGUUCAUCCACAAGAGGAAUUAGCCAAUAUCCAGGCAUAUUCUUUACUUGAAGAUGUUAAUCAAACAACAGUUAGUACAUCAACAAGUGAUUUGAGACAUGAUGAUUGA